CAGCCGCGCCGCACAGCGUUCGCUGUCGCUCGCAAGAUGUACCCUGCUUUCGAAGGCGCCGGCCAGGCCGCCGGGCUGCAAAUUUGGCGCAUUGAGAACUUUGAAGCAGUUCCUUAUGCGAAGGAGAAUUAUGGAAAAUUUUAUACUGGGGAUUCCUACAUAGUUCUGUUCACAAAAGAAUUUAAGGGCACCUUUAGCUGGGACAUUCACUUUUGGCUGGGAAGUCAAACUUCUCAGGAUGAAGCAGGUGCUGCAGCCAUUCUAUCAGUAGAACUUGAUGAUUCCUUGGGAGGUGCCCCUGUUCAACACCGUGAAGUCCAAGAUUAUGAAUCCCAGCUAUUUCUGUCACAUUUCAAAUCUGGUAUCAGGUAUUUGCCUGGAGGGGUUGCUAGUGGAUUCCAACACGUGGAUCCUGAUGCAGUAGAAAAACGUUUAUUCCAAGUUAAAGGCAAAAGGAAUGUCAGAGUGCGCCAGGUUGAUGUAAAUGUGUCUGCUAUGAACAAAGGAGAUUGCUUCAUUCUGGAUGCUGGAAAAGACAUCUAUGUUUAUGUUGGACAGAAGAGUAAGCGAACUGAAAGACUGAAAGCAAUCAGUGCUGCCAAUCAAAUACGCGAUCAAGAUCAUGCAGGCAGAGCCCGUGUUCAUGUAAUAGAUGAAUAUAGUGGAGAUGCAGAGAUUGUAAAAUUCUUUGAAGAGCUGGGUUCUGGAUCUCCUGGUGAUGUUGCUGAAGAAGGAGAAGGAGGGGAUGAUGUUGCAUUUGAAAAGAACCAAGAGGCUGUUGUAGCCCUGUAUCGUGUGAGUGAUGCUACAGGUGAUAUUGAAGUGGAAAAAGUGGCAGAAAAGCCAUUACAUCAAGAUAUGUUGGAAACAAGUGAUUGCUUCAUUUUGGACACUGUUACAUCUGGUAUUUAUGUGUGGAUUGGGAAAGGUUGCACCAAAGAAGAAAAAGUUGAAGCAAUGAAAAGAGCCCAAAAGUUUCUCAUAACCAACAAUUACCCUGAGUGGACAAAGGGAUUGGUGUUUCAGAUUCAACGCAUAGUGGAAGGUGGUGAACCGUCCACCUUCAAGCAAUAUUUCAGUGGAUGGAGAGAAAAAGAAGAUCAGAUUGGAUUAGGGCGCAUAUAUACUGUGGAACAAAUUGCUGCUAGCAUGCCUGAAGGGGACUUUGAUCCAAGCACUUUGCAUGCUGAGAAAAUAAGAUUCUUGGCAAAAAAUAGUGGCAAGGCAUUUGGCUUCAUGCCAGAUGAUGGCUCUGGUCAGCUGGAGAUAUUCCGCGUGGAGAACUUUGAACUAGUAUCAAUUGAACCUGCAAAUCAUGGUUUCUUCUUUGGUGGAGAUUCAUAUGGAAGAGAUAGUACAACAGAUGAACGAGCUGCCUCAGCAAUUCACGCAGUCAGAUUAGACAAUGAACUUAAUGGAAAAGCAAUCCAAGUGCGGGUAACACAAGGUCAUGAACCCCGGCACUUUUUGCGCAUUUUUAGAGGAAAAAUGAUUGUAUUUCUCGGUGGAAAAGCAAGUGGUUUCCGAAAUCUUAGAGAUCAUGAUACUUAUGAUGUGGAUGGAACCAGACUCUUUCAGGUUCGUGGGACAUGUGAUGAUGAUGUGAGGGCUGUACAAGUUCCUGAAGUGGCUAGCUCCUUAAGAUCUGACGAUGUAUUUGUCUUGGAAACUCCUACUGAUACAUACUUAUGGAUUGGGAAAGGAGCUAACGAAGAAGAAAAGAACUUUGCUCAGAAGGCUGCUGGUCUAGUCUCUCCUGAUCAUGAUGCAAAACUUAUAAAUGAAAGUGAAGAGCCUGCUGAAUUUUGGACAGCUUUAGGAGGUCAAGGAUCUUACAAGACUGACAUUGAAACUGAAGGUGCUCCACUCCUUGGACCUCGUCUUUUCCAUUGCAAAAUAUUCUCAUCAGGCAAACUUUCUGUGGAGGAAAUUGCAGAUUUCAAACAGGAUGAUCUAGACGAAGAUGAUAUCAUGGUGCUAGACUCUGGAGAUGAAGUUUAUGUAUGGGUAGGAGACAAAUCUACUACUGAAGAACGGAAACUUGGCUUAAAGAUGGCACAGGAAUAUCUUAAAUCUGACCCAACUGAUCGCAAUCAUGAUUUGAAUGUUAUUUUUACCAUAAAACAAGCUGAAGAACCAGACAGUUUCAAGACCCUCUUCCCAUCCUGGAGCAACAGCUUGUGGGAGUCUUUGCCAUCUUAUGAAGAUUUGAAGAAUCAGUUAGCUGAAACAAAUGCUACAAUUGAAGACUGAACAUUAAUACAAUUUGCAUAAUUAAUAAUUUGUAGAUUUUUACCAGUAUUGGUAAAUUAAUAGUACAUAAAAAGCAACAAUGUAACAACAAAAGUAACAUAAAAAGCAGUAUCAUAAAUAGACAUUUCUAGCAUAUAAGGAUUGAGAAAGGACUGUAUCUUUGACUUGUCACUGCACUGAAAAAAUGUGCUUUACAAUAAAAUUAUAUUAUUUCUUAACUAUUGUUUAAUUCCUUUGCCAAAUAUUUAUUCUCUGAAUAAAAGGGCUCAACAUAUUUCACAAAUUUACCAUCCUGUUGAACAGUUCACAAGAUGUACAUCAAUUAAAUAUCAUUAAUACAUUAAAUAUGGUAAAUAUUAAUUUUUGUUGGGUGUCAGAAACUGCAGGUCUUGUAGACUAGAUCUUGUAGACAGAUUAGACAUAUCUUUCAAUACCUAAUUACCAAAUGUAACACAUUUUUAUUCUUAUAUUAGAGAUCCCUCUUAAGUGAGUAUCUAAAAAAAAUGAGUAAUCACUUUUGAAUCCAUUUUUAUACGUGGAGGUUUUAAUACUGAUUUUCUGAGCGAAUCUUACGCAAUUUCUCAAUUUACUUCGUUUUUUUAAAUUUAGAUAUUACAGUAAAUGUAGUCUUCAAUACAGAAAAAAAACCUAUGAAAUUUCACCUUUCCUACAGACGAGACAAACUUGGACACCCCUCGAUCCAUGCAAGAGGCGCGUUGACCAAUCGCGAGCAGUUAGAACCCUAGUGUGAAUAGAAUUGGCGCAAAAUCCUACGGGGCAAGAAAGAAUGUACGAGGUCUGAUUUUUCAACCUCCGAUAGCUCAUAAAAACAAGACAUGUAAUAUAUCAAUAUAUAAUAUAGCAAAAUUAAUUUAUUACCACAUAUUAUGGGCAAAUAUGAUAAUCAUCGUGAAGAUUCAGGCCUAUGUCAUAUCUGUGAACGAGCUUUCCAAUCUCCUCUGCAUAAAAUGUUGCCGCCAGCGAGUUGAGAUGGUCCUUGGAAAUGUUUUGAAGUUUCUCUGCCCUACUAGCCACUUUUUCAGUUCAGGAAAGAGAUGGAACUCGCUUGAUGCUAAAUCGGGGCCAUUCGCAUUCUUUGCACAAAUAAAACACUAAAAUAAAAAAUGGUGUCUCUAGGCAC